AUGCAACAGACCGGGUCAUAUCUGCAGCUGGUCUCCUUCGAGGGGGAACGAGUUUCCUUGAAUUUUGAAGGUGCCAAGAGGACAUUCGCGGACGAAAGAUACCAUGGAAGAAAGAUCACUCUGGCGAGUGUCAUUGGUCCUUCACGGAGCGGAAAGAGCUUUUUGGUCGCCUAUCUGACAAGCAAUGGUCGCAUCCAAGGCAACUUUAGCAUCCAAGGCAACUUUCGAAGCGGCUUUGCCCGAUACACUGAAGGCAUCCAAAUCUAUGAUAUACCUAUGGAGUUGCCGGAUGGGACCCUCGUAUUUUUCUUGGACACACAAGGAACCUUCGACUUGGAGACCAGUCAGAUUGUGUCGGACUGGAUCAUGACAUUUAGUUUGCUGAUAUCUGGGCUGCAGAUAAUCAACCUACGGAUCAACAUCGACGGUGAUAACCUACGGACCGUGUAUCGGGCUGUUGAAGCUGCUAAUGCUAUGAAGGAAAACGCCACUGGAAAGAAACUGCUCUUUCUGAUUCGCGACUCCGCCCGGCCGGGCAUGGACCCAGAAUCAUUUUUGAAGGAGCUUUGGGAGAAAGGCAGCAAGUCUGAGGAACUGUCAGCCGCGCAGCGGUCUCUAAAACAGCGCUAUGAAAUCGAGUGCGUCCUGGCCCCCGCACCACAGGAACAUAUCAUGAGGUGCAGCGGCAGCUUGGUUGUAUUAGAAAGCGUUGACGGGCCUUUCACCCAAAAACUAGCCUCCGUCAAGGCGUACUUGAUGAAGCAUGCGCAGGAAGCUACGUCGAUGCGUAGGAUUGAUUGGGGAUACUGGGAGGAAAUUGCUGCCUUCCUCAACAAUUCACUCCCUGUAUACUCGAGCCGCGCCGAGGUCGCACAGCAGACGCAACUAAGCACAGUCAUCGACAACGCCUGUGCAAGCGUCGAUUUAAAUUUCACGGGUGCAACCCUUAAAAGCCUCGAAUCCAGAAUGCAACAGUACAAGAGCAUCAUGGAACGCAAUAUCAGAAAUAAGAGGCUGGAGACAUUGGAAGCCGAAGCGAUUCAACAAGGAAACGAACUACUCGAGAAAGAGUAUCAAAAGAAAUUGCAAACGCUCAAAGAGGCUCAAGCACUUGCCGACACAGAAGCAAAUCGGCGAAAACGCCUCCAGCAAGCACAUGUGGAUAUUGGAAGGCUGCAUCGUUUUGACGAUGCUGUAGGCUUCAUGCACGGCCUUGACAAAUAUACGGAUGGCGAUUCGGUGUUAGAAAAACAGAUCAACUCAACCCUCGAAAAACGACUCACUUUGCUGUUAAAACCAUUCCUCAGUGAAACCGUCAAACAGCAAUGCUGGUCUUACCAGGGAAUCAUCAUUUCGGCUGAUGAUGAAAUGAUCGAGGAGUAUGCUAGCGACCCUACCAUUCUCGUUGAAGAAGCGAUGGCUGAUUUCCGAAAAACAUUUGAUGAGGUAAAGCCGAGUGUCGCCGUCGAUGAAGUAACCGAGAUCGCGGUGAUGUCCAACACACAAAAGGAGCUGAUGUGUGCUAUCGAAGCAGCGAUCCGGGAACGUCAGCAGAAAAAUAAAAAAGCCAAGACGACAGCGAAGACCAUUACCAUUCCAACAAGCAGCCCAGUCGCGGCAGAUCCCGAACCUGAAUUUAAUUUGGUGAAACGUACGCCGAUCGAAAUUUAUUCUAGCGAAGAGGCUCAACUGAAAAGAAACCAAACGGAGGAAAUUCGCGCCCCAGGAGAAGGCGCACCCCAGGUGGCAAAACGGGCAAGGCAAGAAGACCCGCUCAUUUCUAUAUCAAAGCCCGAUAAACUAAAAGUCGGUCGCGGCACCCCGGAAAUUCCUUCAGACCCGGUUCAAAAAGACAAUUGUGACGAAAUCCGGAGUAAGCUUUCAAGCGCGGUGGAGUCCAUAAUCGAUGCACCCGCCAUGAUCGAGCAGCCUUCAGAAAAAACUGACGAAUGGCAGUUACUAUCAAUUCGCCAACCUCUGCUAUUUCCUGCAGCUGGAGGUGAUGUUGUUAAAACUCGCGACGGACUUCUAGCGCAAAGGUGUGAAAAAACAGUUAUGGAUAUCCAGUCGGCUUCCCAAGAAGUCCUACCGCAAUAUCCUACCGAAAAGGAACAGUCUUCUUAUUGGAAGACACAGAACCCUUCUGAGGUGGUAGAAAAAUCGGAUGCCGAGGAUUGGACCCUGCUUAAUGGGGCAACGACGGAAAAAGACCUCGACUUUGGCAACUUGAAUGAGAAAUCAGAGGUUGUGAAACCUAUUCUUUCUUCUCUGCCGCAGGGAUGCUCUGAAAUUCGGCGAGUGCCAGCUCGAGUAGAUCCACCGCCACACACCGGAUCCGGGUUGAGUCAAUCACUGAAGUCAACCGAUUUCGGUAUCAAGUUAAUUCCGGAAACAUCCGACUCGAUGGCAAAUGCUGGCCCAAAUCACUCAAAUGCCCAAAUGGUCCCACAGGUUUCAAGCGACUUUGAAUUUGUCGAUUGGGGCAAUCAUGAACCGGGUAAAAUCAAGCUAACGGACCCAAAAACGAGAAAAACCAACUAUGAAGACACGGAAAUCGCAGCCUUGGGAUUGAAUCCUCUUUGCGGUAAUGGCCGACCGCAUCGUCCACAGCAAGGAUACAAAGAUACAGAAAGGAUGGCAACGAAUUCGGACCAUCCUCAAGGGCUACAUGGAGUUACUGAAGACUUGCUCAGGCAGAAGGAGCUUGAAAGCCACGCCGCACUCAAGGUUCAGCUGCAAAAGUGCCAGGAUGAAGCAAAAAGAGCCCGGGUCAUUGACGAUGAAAUGCAAGAAUUUUGUGCUCUGCGUAAACGAUGUAUUGAGCGCUUCCACGACGACCGAUCAUUGCUUUGGCCGUUGCGAUGCGAGCAGUUGCGGCUCGACCUAUGCAAGGCGGUGGAUGCCCCAAGCGUUAAUGGAUUUUUCUACCCAUCCGAGUUGGAAGAGCUGAAAUGGAAGGAAGCAUGUUCUACAUAUAAAGCGGCGACCGGGCGUGAGGACUUGGAUCAACCUGUGAAAAUCUCCAGCUUACACAAGCGGCCAGCCGACUCGUUGGACUCGUUGAGUGCGGAGACUUUGAAGAAAAUUCUCGACCGAUACAGCCGAUGUAGUGAGAAAGUACAUAAGGCACUGAAUGCCAUGAAUAACGCCGACAAAUGCAGAAAGGCACUUCAAUCUCAGAUCCAAGGUUUCACGGACGACUGCCGAAAAAAUACACUUCCGUUUCUCGAGGAGUAUUCUUUUCUGCGUCACUUUGAGCUGCACUGUCAAGUGCCCUUCCAGAAAAAAUUUCGUGACGAGGAUCUAUAUCUGAUCGCCAAGUAUCCAAAGCAAUGGCCAUUACUUUUCACUAUGGAGUGCAUCGAUGGUUAUAAGAACUUUUUCUUUGACACGCUAAAGGGUUACGCUGAUGAUCAGCCGGUCUUUUGGAACGACCUGCAAGCGAUUACUUUGGAGGAGUGGCUAGAAAAAGCCAAACAGCUAGGCGAAGUGAAGCCGUACACCAAACAUCUGAAGCAAGGGGAGGAGAGCCCCUAUACAAAGGCCAUGAUUCGCUAUAUCGAACGGGGCAACAACCAACCCAUCGACGAGUCCGAAUGGGUCAUUGAUAUC